UCCCCGUGUGUUUAUAUAUUACGUAAAGACGCACGCGGAAACAGUUGAGAAGGAAACUUUAGUCUAAGGGUCAGAGCUCUCAACGUAGCUUUCACCUUUUCAGAUUUGACAGGAUGGUUGUGCUUUCUAAGGAGCAUGGAUAUGUGGUGCUUACUGGCUUUGCCAGUAUGAUCAUGGUCGGACAUCUGGCUGUGAAAGUAGGGAAAGCCCGGAAAAAGUACAACGUGAAGUAUCCUCAGAUGUACAGUGAUGACCCGGAAACUGGACACAUCUUCAACUGUAUCCAGCGUGCACACCAGAACACGCUGGAAAUCUACCCGGUCUUUCUGUUCUGCCUCGCUGUUGGUGGUUUGCAUUGCCCUCGUCUAGUCAGUGGGCUUGGAGCUGCGUGGAUUUUUAGCAGAGAGGUGUACGCAUAUGGCUACUCCACAGGAGAUCCCAAGAAAAGAAUGAGGGGUGCAUUUGGGAAUCUGGCUUUGCUGGGAAUGAUGAUAACCACUUUCAACUUCGGUCGCCACCUUUUGGGCUGGACUGGACCACAAAUGAGGCCCUUCUGUGGUUUACAAACUCAGUAGUGAGGAUAAAGACUAGCCCUGCGCUUGUUCAAUCAGUUUAUACAGUUCUACAUAAAAGUAAUUGCUCUUUUUAGAGUACUGAAUCUGGUACAUUUACAGACUGACACUAC